AUGAAGAUGCACGCAUUUGUUAGAGAGAAGGUGGUCGCUCAUUUCAACAAAGAUCAUUCAGAGGUUUCAGAAGCAGUGCACCUUAUGCCCUACCUGUACUUCCUGUUUGCACCAACUCUGCUCUACCGGGACAUGUAUCCUCGAUUGCCUACAUGUCGAUGGCGUUUUGUCGUCACCAACCUAUGUCAGGGCGUCUUCUGUGUGCUCUUCAUGUACUUCCUUACUGCUCAUUUCUUGCUGCCUUUUGUGGCGAGCUCUCCCCUGGCGACUGGGGAGACCGUAAAUUCGAUUCACCUUCUCACGUCAAUCACCCAAAUUCUGGGCAGCCACGUCGGCUGGCAGACUACUUUGGCCAGUUUUGCUGUCUUUCUUCUCUCUGGUGCUUACCACGAGUACAUAAUGUCACUGGCCCUCGGGUUCUUCUGCCCAAUCCAAUUGAUCGGUAUUGGGCUUUGCGGACUGCCUGGAAUCCUUUUAACUAAACGCUACGUCAACUCGACCGUUUACGAGUUGUUGACCCUGGCUUCAGUCUCACACUUUGUGCUCACUUACACAUUGGAGUGGUAUGCUCACAGAUUGCGUGGACCAAUUUUUGGCGACUGGCGUGACUUCUGGCUGCCAUACACGCUUUUCUCUUAA